UGUGAUCUAAAGAAACCAAACGUGUAAACGUGUCAGGUUAAGAUGUCAACAACCAAGUCAUGUAAAAUUUUGUCCAAUCCACACUUUUGACUCCGGAAAUUCAAUGUAACUCAUAAGUAUAUAAACCCGCCUGGAAAGAGAUUCCGUACAGAGUUCUACUUCUCCUAUUGGAAUAACUCAGUCUACCACUUCAUCAAAGAUGGCAUCUUUCCUUUACGCUGUAUCUGCCGCUUUGGCCGUCGCUAUGGUCAGUGCUAGAGCUUAUGGCCCAGGUGGUAAUGGUAACAGAAUGCCCUCUGGAAUGGGAAGUGGUAUGAUGUCAAUGGGAGCCAUGGGAGGCAAUAUGCCAGCAGGUGCAAUGAAUGGUGCACCCAUGAUGAACGCUGCACCCAUGAUGGCAAUGAACGCUGCACCCAUGAUGAACGCUGCACCCAUGAUGCCAAUGAACGCUGCACCCAUGAUGAACGCUGCACCCAUGAUGCCAAUGAACGCUGCACCCAUGAUGAACGCUGCACCCAUGAUGAACGCUGCACCCAUGAUGGCAAUGAACGCUGCACCCAUGAUGCCAAUGAACGCUGCACCCAUGAUGAACGCUGCACCCAUGAUGAAUGCUGCACCCAUGAUGAACGCUGCACCCAUGAUGCCAAUGAACGGUGGGGCUAUGAACGGAGCCAUGAAAGCAAUUGGUAAAAUGAUGAAAGCCGCUGCCAUGGGUGGAAUGCCUUCAAUGGGAGGUAUGAUGCCAAUGCCAAUGGAAGCCAUGAUGGGAGCUGGAAACAUGGGAGCCAUGAGCCCAACUGACAUGGGCGCCAUGAUGAACAUGGGAGCUAUGGGUAACAUGGGAUCUAUGGGAGGUAUGGGAAUGAAAUCUAGAUACUAAAAGUAGCUGACUAAUACUCAACAUCUCUCAGGACCAUCUACAUGUAUUCAUCGUGCAUAUAAUAAAGACCUGCAAUAAC